UUUCGCAAAAGGAGAAAAUCCUGUGGGUUCCCAGAGUGAUGAUGGCUACGUACAGCCUGGCAAACGAGCGACUACGCGCCCUGGAAGACAUCGAACGGGAAAUCGGCGCCAUUCUUCAGAAUGCAGGUACCGUGAUCCUGGAACUUUCCAAGGAAAAAACCAAUGAGCGGCUGCUAGACCGGCAAGCGGCGGCUUUCACGGCGUCGGUGCAACACGUGGAGGCGGAGCUGUCGGCCCAGAUCCGCUACCUAACCCAGGUGGCCACAGGGCAGCCCCAUGAGGGCUCCAGCUACUCUUCAAGGAAGGACUGUCAGAUGGCAUUAAAACGAGUGGACUAUGCUCGCCUCAAGCUCAGUGAUGUGGCCCGAACCUGUGAGCAGAUGCUGGAAAAUUAAGCCAAGUAGGUGAGAAACAGUUUGGAAGGAGAUCACCACCUGUACCCCAGGACAGAACCUGGAGACCUGUAGGAUGAGGGCAAAGGCGGCCAUGCAUGCCCUGCUGGUCAGAAUAUAUGAGAACAAAGAGGCAAAAGGUGAGAAUGGAGAAACUUAAGGACAAAGCCUACCCACAACCCUGCACUGACUCCUCCAGCAGGGUGCUCCUGCACUGCACUUCACAAAAGCUUGCUGACAAGCUCAGACAGGAGAUGGAGAGUCAGACACCCAAACCACUUCCCCAUAUACUUUCAUGUCCUUGUCCAGGCUUCCACAGACUUGGACCAAUGAAGACACAGUCUUCUGCACUGGAAGAGAUAAAACAAGAACUAAGAGUUUUUAUAAUAAAAACAAUAAUAAUGAAAACAAUGAGCUCAGACUAUCGCUGCGGCAUAUGUGGGUGACACAAGGAAUUGAGGAAGUAAAACCAGCCUGUAUGGUGGCUGCUGAGGGAGAGUGGGAAAGCCCAGACCUUAAGUGUGGGGUCAGGGGAGGAAGCAGGGGAAGGCUGAAAUUGGUGUAGUGUGAAGAAAGACUCAGGAAAGGGUAGGGGUGGUGGCAGCCAUCAGUAGAGAAUUUGAAGCCAAGAAUCAUGAGGCCAAUGUAUACUGAGGGAAGAGUCAGUAAUUAUAAAAAUACUUUUUAUUAAAGUUUCAUACACUUAGAAUUCUACCCAGUACAAAGCCAUAAAAAAU